AUGGCACCGAUAAGGUCUCUCCUCAUCAACCUGGUCAUCUUCUGCAUGGGCGCUUUUGCCCUCGCCAUACCGGUCCCGGUCCCGAUCCCCAAAGACAACAAAAUGAUCACCGAGCCCGUCGACCUGGGCCGCAAGACGGGCAAGAUCGGCGUCGACAACGUCGACCUCAGCAGACUCCGCGUCGACCCCGUCAAGGUCGAGCUCCACAACCGGGAAGAGAAUGUCGAGGGGUCGCCGGUUAUGGAGCACGAGAUCAUGAGGCCGUCUCCGUAUUUCCAGGAGCCCGCCGCCGAGCAACGCGACCCGGUCGUUGAAAAGAGAGACAUGCCGCACCUCGUCGACAUGAUGGCGAGGAGCGAGCAAGAAGCGCAAGAGGCCCAGGCGCAUGCGGAGGCGGAGGAGGACGGGGCACCGGGUGUGAAGUACAUCCCCCGCUGGCGACCCGAGUACAAUGCCGGGUAUCAUUGGCUGGAAGGGGCCUGA